ACGCACGGUGUAAAAAAAUUUUUUUCAUACAAAAAAAUAAAAAUAAAACCUGGAUGGAAGUAAGCAAAAAUGUUUGUGGCAAAAAUAAUUAUAUCGCUAUUUUUGUUGUGGGCAACAGAUGGAACUGCUAUAAGCGAUUUAGACUGCAUUAAUCUUUUGCAAUUAGAAAACUAUUUCCCAACAAGCAAUACAUCAAUACCAAAAUCUUUCAAACCAAAAAUCUUUACAAAUAAUUCUGUCAGUGUUAGUAACAAGUUGUCUACACUUAUAUACAAUGCAACUUCAGCCACAAUAAUAAAUUGUGUUUAUCAAUUGUUUCCAGGAAAUACUAAUCAAUACUUACCUUACAUUACUUUAGAUUAUUAUAAAGCACUUCAACCUACACUAAGUCCUCUGGAACUGGAGAUAAAAUUCUGCAAUGAAAUUAAUUGGGAGGCGAAUUUAGAUAUUUCCAGUUGUUUAAAACCGUGUGAUGAUUGUGUUACUCAAAUACUCAAUAAAACAAAUAUAUACUUUAACUGUCAAAAUAUUAUGAACCAAUCACCUAUGGCAAAAUAUAAAAAUGAGCCAAUGCUUUUUGCACUUUUUUUAAAUAAGUUUGGGGCGCAACUUAACAAAAUCAAUUAUAGAAGCUGUACAAGUUCCAUAUCACAAUACCAACUGUUUAAGAAUUUUCUUUGGAACAUAGGACAACAAUUCCGUUAUGGAGAUAUGAGAGUUCCGGACUAUGGUAUUGCUAGUACUUUUCCUACUAGAAGAUGGAACACACGUAAUGACACAAUUGAAGCACCUUUUGGAAAUUUACCAAACGGUGUAUAUACUUACACAGCUAUAAUUUAUAGCAAUAUAGUCAAGCAGGGCCAAGAAAUACCAAGACAAAACACUCGAUUUAAAAAUGAAUGGAAUGAUUAUGAUCCAAUCAUUUCUGGAGUAUUUAUUGACUAUCGUGUAGAAAAAAAUUUAGUAUAUAACAAAACCUAUGUUAUUAACUCAGCUGUUAUUUCAUUAGAUGUUCAAGGGCAAAACUAUCCAAUAAAUCCACUACCUGGAGAAAUGAUCAUUUCAUUUACUCAUUAUGAUACUGCAUACAGAAAUCCAGUGUGCAUUUAUUGGCAACCUACAAAAGCUGAAGCUACUUUAUCAAUAAAUUCUGGUGGAUAUUGGAGCAACUAUGGAAUGCGUGUUUUUAAGACUAAUGCUUCAAUGACAGUAUGCAGGUCUACACAUGGUGGGAUUUUUGCUUUACUUAUGGAGCCUGAUGUGGCUUCUCCACCAAUACCAAUUGAUCCACUAAAUGUAAUGAAUAUUUUUCUUACAUUGAUUGCAGGUAUAAUUUUCUUUCUCUAUAUAUUUGGAAUCUAUUUACUUGACUGCACUAAAAAUGUUUACAAUAGAAUACAUAUAUGGAUCGCAUUUUCUUGCUUGCUAUCACAAAUGGUAUUUCUGGGAUCAUGGGCAUGGAAAAAUGAUUGGAAUAGAUGUACAUCCUGUUCAACAAUGAUUGAAUUUUUUCAUGUUGCAACUAUUACAUGGGUUAUGAUUGAAGCUGUGCAUCAGUUAUCGAACUUGAGACAUUUUUUCAACAAAACAACAAACUCGGAAUCUUUCUAUCAUAUAAUUGGUUGGGGUUUUCCGUUAGCUGUUACCAUUGCGUUACUGGGUUUUCCAUACCAGAACUACACUGAACUUAGAUACUGCUGGCCAUAUAUUAAAGGUCUUGAGAUUUGGUACUUUGGUGGACCAAUUCUUUCGAUAUUGCUUGUAAUUAUUUCACUAAAGUAUAUAACAUAUAUAGAAAUCCAAAAAGCACCUGAAAAAUUAGCAAAAGAUAUUAACUACCAACGUGCAGAAAGAAGUAAUCUUUCCUCAUUCGCAAUAACUCCUACUUUUUGCAUAAUGUGGAUCAUAUCUACCUUAGCAAUAAGCUCAGAUACAAAAAUAUUUCAAGAUGUAGCUAUGAUUGCAGUACCAAUUCUCAACAUUGUUUUGGCACUUGAAAUUAUGUAUUUCUAUUUCUAUCGCAAUGAUGAUGUAGUUGAUGCACUUAAAUAUGAAAUGCGCAUUCGUGAAAAAGAAAAACUAAAAUCAUAUGAAUACAUGCAAGGUUUAAACAUGAGAGUUACAUAUAGAACAAAAAGCAAUGCAUUAGAAGAAGAUGAUGAUUCGCUACUUAAUGAUGGAAGCACUGUUGAAAUUCAUAGAGUAAACAAAGAUAAAUUUAAGAAAAAAAAAUAGAAAAUCAAUAAUAAAUAACUUUCUCCAUUAAAAUACUUAUAUUAAACACUGUUUUUUCCUUAAAUAAAAACACUUUAAAUAAUGUUCACUGUAAUAAUUAUUUAAUAUUUAUAUAAUUGUAAGAAAUAAAAAUUAAAGUCUUUUCCUAAUUUUUACUUGAUUUAUUUGAUUAGUUUAAUUGAGAUUUUUUCUAAGAACAAAUACGAAAAUUAGCUAA